AUGAGUAGCAUCAACAAGAUCAUCUCUAAAGUCAUCUCCACCAGACUCAAAGUUGUCUUACCCAAGAUAGUAAGCUUUCAACAAUCUGCUUAUGUGGAAGGCAGACAAAUUAUGGAUAGUGUAAUUAUUGCCAAUGAGUGCAUAGAUUCUGCCCGGCGGGAACAUUCUUCAGAUUACAUGCUUCAAAGAAUGGGUUUUGGAAUUCUCUGGAGAAAGUGGAUUGAAGCUGCAAUAUCGCACGUCAACUUCUCUGUCCUCGUUAAUGGGUCGUCGAACGGACGGUUUCUCUUUCUCAUAAUUGCCGAAUCCCUUAAUCUUAAGUUUGAGAAAGCGGCGCAAAUUGGAUGGCUUCAAGGUUCCGAAAUUACUCCUGGUGGUUCCAAGAUUACACAUCUCCAAUUUGCUGACGACACUCUUGUUUUUAUCACAAAUGACCAACAUUGCAUCUCUCACUUGCGCAAUAUUUUAAUUUGGUUUGAAGCUAUUUCAGGUCUCAAGUGGCUUUGGAAAUUUGGAGAAGAAGAUGACCCUCUGUGGAAGAAUCUCAUUGCAGAAAAGUAUGGUUUGGCUAAGUUCGAGUGGAAUUCUAAGCCUCCUAAGCAAGUUUACGGGUGCAGCAUUUGGAGAUGGGAUAAAAAGUUAAUCCUUACACUAGGGUUGGCUAAUGCAAGACAGACCAUUGCAGAAGCGGCUAGGAAUUGGUAUUUCGACAGAAUGACCAUUAAGGAGAUCCACUCUUACUCGGCAUCUGGGUCUGACCCAACUUCUGAUUCGCACCGAGUCAGCAGUCAAGCCAUUCGUUUUCUAUUUUGA